CAACACCACCACCAUCAUCUACCGCCCCACUCUCCCACGCUUAAAAGAACCAGACAUGGCGAAGACGAGCUCUUGAACGAUCCAGGGCCGCCCAGUAUGGUUGGAAAAGAGGGAAUGCCGCAACCUGCACCAAGACCGAAAGGCCCGAAGCUCAAAUUCACCCGAGAAGACGAUGCACUACUGGUACGACUGAAAGAGUCCAAGAACUUGACCUGGAAGCAGAUCGCCGAGUUCUUCCCAGGUCGCAGUGCAGGCACGUUACAGGUCAGAUACUGCACCAAACUCAAGGCGAAGACCACUCUGUGGAAUGACGAUAUGAUCCAACGUCUACGCACGGCGAUCCAAGACUACGACAACGACCGCUGGCGGUUCAUCUCGAGCAAAGUCGGCAGCGGCUUCUCAGCAGCCGCAUGCAAAGCAAAAGCAGAAGAGAUAGAAGCUGAAGAU